GGGCCCGUGUCACGUGACGGGGGAAAUAGGGAGGCUCUUGUGUUUACAUCAAUGCAUUCAACGGCGGCUGCUGCAGAGCGUCUACACAUCAAUGUUUUGCUUUCAUUUCUUUAAAAACGAGCACGAUCGUCCGUACACGCGCUAGUUCCGACCGCGUCCGAGCGUAGCGCCGCCGUGCGAUAAAGAGAGAGCGCCUCUGCUGCAGCUGUGAUCGGUCGUGUAUUAGAUUACUGGCGUCAUGGACGAGCUCGCGGUGGAAGUGCGAGGAGCGAGCGGAGCUUUCUACAAGGCCUUUAUUAAGGAUGUUCAUGAGAGUACAGUCACAGUGUCUUUUGAGAACAAUUGGCAGCCAGAACGACAGAUUCCUUUCCACGAUGUUCGGUUUCCUCCUCCGACCGGCUUUCAGAAAGAGAUAAACGAGAGCGAUGAAGUGGAGGUUUACUCCAGGGCCAAUGAUAAAGAGCCCUGUGGAUGGUGGCUAGCCAAAGUUCGCAUGGUGAAAGGAGAGUUUUACGUGAUAGAAUACGCGGCCUGUGACGCAACGCUAAACGAAAUCGUCACAUUAGAGAGGCUACGACCUGUGAACCCCAACAAAGCCGCUUCGAAGAACACCUUUCUCAAAAUCAGACUAGACGUUCCUGAAGACCUGAGACAGAUGUGCGCGAAAGACUCCGCUCAUAAAGACUUCAAAAAAGCGAUCGGAGCGUUCAACGUCACUUACGACUCGGAAGAAAAGCAGCUGGUCAUUUUGUCUGUGAACGAGGUUACGGCGAAGCGAAUAGCCAUGCUGAGUGACAUGCACUUCAGGAGCCUGCGCACAAAGCUGACGCUGAUACUGAGGAAUGAGGAAGCCACCCGACAGCUGGAGAGUUCUCGGCAACUGGCCUCGAGGUUCCACGAGCAGUUCGUGGUGCGCGACGACCUCAUGGGAUUGGCCAUAGGUACCCACGGGGCGAACAUCCAGCAGGCCAGAAAGAUUCCUGGGGUCACAACCAUCGAUCUCGACGAAGAGACCUGCACUUUUCACAUCUAUGGAGAGGACCAGGAGGCUGUACGGAAGGCCAGAAGCUACCUGGAAUUUUCUGAAGAUAUUAUCAAAGUUCCUAGGAAUUUAGUCGGAAAAGUCAUUGGCAAGAGUGGGAAGCUGAUUCAAGAGGUUGUGGAUAAAUCGGGUGUUGUCAGAGUUCGAGUGGAACCGGAAAAUGACAAAAAGCCUUCUCCAUUAGAAGAGGGAAUGGUGCCAUUUGUGUUUGUGGGGACAAAGGAAAGCAUUUCAAAUGCACGGAUUCUGCUGGACUACCAUCUGAAUUAUCUGAAGGAGGUGGAUCAGCUGCGAAUGGAACGACUGCAGAUCGAUGAGCAGCUCCGACAGAUCGGCGGAGGGCCGAGAGCUCUGCCGGGACGACCCGAGAAAGAAAAACCUUUCAUGGCCGAUAAUGGAAUGGGACCUUCGCGAGGUGGCGGCAAACCCUUCGGUCGUGGAGGGAGAGGGAGACGGGGCCCGACGCUGGCUUCAGGCACCAACUCUGAGGCCUCUAAUGCAUCUGAGACCGAAUCUGACCACAGAGAUGAGCUCAGUGAUUGGUCCCUGGCCCCUACAGAUGAGGAGUCCAUGGGUUACCCCAAAAGAGCCCCCGAUGGACGCAAAAGGGGUGGAGGACCUCGGGGUCGUGGAGGGAGAGGAAGAGGAGGAUACAAAACUGAAGACAUGCACUGGAAUGAGUCCCGCUCCCGUAGUUCCAGAGACUCAAAGCUGAGACCCCAGGAAGACACAUUGCAGAUCCGUAUCGACAGCAAUAACGAGAGGAGCGUUCACACCAGCCGAGGCUCCCAGGCCCUGGCAGGAGACAGCGGAGGGAACCGGCAGAGACCCAUAAAGGACAGAGGGAUGAAGAAAGACAAGCAGGACGGCCCGGACAGCCAAGCCGUUGUGAACGGCGUUUCGUAGAGAAUAACGUGCCCCCCUUUCCCCCAUUCUCCCACUCAGCUCCACCAAUCCAGAUGCUUCUUCAUUAGAGACACAUUAGGCCAAAGAGAACCAGGUCAGUAGGGCUGUCGCAAGACAUGACAUAAAGCACACUUUGUAAUUGUUAGCUGGGGUAAAAGACGAGGUCUCUUGGUGAACGGUGUGUUGAAUUCGGUAGUCUUCACGGAUUAGAGAGACCGGUCUCUAAAUCACAACUGAAGCUACAGGUUUUCUAAUUGACUUUCUAAACAACUACCUAUGAAACAUAAAGAAGCUGUGGAUUAAAUGUCUCUCAAAAUGGAAUGUUUUCCAAGCAAUUGGUUUUUAACCUUUUUUUUUUUCGGUUUUGUUUUCCACAUUGUCCAAACAAAAGGGAAAGAAACACAUUGGAGGAUGAACUCAAGCGCUCUGGGCCCAAGUUUUAUGCCACAUCUCACGGCAUACGUUGUUUUUUGUUUUGUUUUUUUACGCGCUUCGGUGUCCGCGAUUACUCGAGCCCAUUCUGAUGUGAGAUCUUAGCCACAUCGUUAGCAAAAAAAUAACAAAAAAAAAAAAAAAAAAUGGCAAAUGAAAAAUAAAAAAAAGCUCCUGUCUGGAUCUGUGCCUUUAACUAGUGUGGAUAGUAUCAUAAUUUGGAUGUUUAAAUCAGGGAAGAAGACGCGAACAACCUGUCUGAGCAACAUGUGUUGCAAUCUCAGCCGACGACUAAAAAAAUGUUAGUUUUUUGUUUCGUUUUUAUUUUUUUUUUUAUUUAAAUUUUUAUUUUUUUUUUCCCUGUGCUGCAUGUAUUUCACCAACAUUUUUGUAUGUCUGAAAAGCAGGAUUCUAUCAAGUCGGCCGAAUUCUGAUAUUUUGCCAUAGCUGAAUUGUGUGUAGUAAAGGUAUUAACCUAAUUAAACUAGUCAACUGUGGAAGUCAUAAAUUGUAACCGACCACCCAGAGACGAACAUCAAUGCUAAUUCAACGACGUCAACAUCACAGAAUACCAGUUCGUUUUGUCGCUUAGCAUAUCUUUGCAUCAUAGGACUUUUAUUUUAUUUUUUGUUUCUUUUUUGUUUCUUUUUUUUUUUUUUUUUUUAGUAGAGGUAGCAAAGCAGUUUACUCCAGGAAAAAAAAUUCAAAAACAAACAAAAAAAAAACCCAUCAUGUCUGUAGUUUUACUCUCGCGCAAGUCAAACUCGUUGGGACUUCUUUUUUGGUUUUUCUCCUCACAAACAGGGUGGAAAUGCUCGUUUUGGUUUUCGUUCAUGCUGACCACAGUAAACUGCCAUCUCUCCUGCUGUAUCUCUCAGCGUCAGGUGUGAAGCACUUAUAUCAAAUCUCUGUAACAUUGUCUGUGUCCUAACAAUGGCUCAUCAUAGACUGAAAAUGUUGAACUGUGGGGUUGCAUACUGUAUAUUACGUCAUCCGUUAAGAGAUUGUUGCUGUUCUUUUUAGAUUGAACUUUAAAUGUGCACUUAUCAUGUUUGUGUUACUCUGCAAGUACUUUAUAAUCUAUAAACCUAUAAUAAACUAGAAUGUGAUAAGACUUCCUCGGCAGGUGAAUCACAUGUAUGCUGUCAACAUAACUAAACUGAAGUUUAGAUAUCUUCGCUAAUUUUGAGUCUACUGUACUUUUUCCGCUUGGGGGGCGAGGAGGGGGAUGUAGGCGAUGUUAACUUUGAUAUGAAAACCGUCUGUCUUAUCCGAUUAGUGCUUGUGCAUUAAACUUUAGUUUACAUUUUCGAGAAGACGCGAUGCUGUUCUGAACCCACGAUUCUUUCCAAACCUACUGUGACGAUGACCACGGUAGUUUUUUUUUUUUUUUUUUUUAUUGUUGUUGCUUUUCCUUUUGACUUGUACAGCAAGAAACCCGUUCUUUGCUCUCUUUUCCUCUACGUUUGUAGUUCUCUUUGCGCUCCUGUGCUCUCGCUAGUCACCUCGGCGAAUAACCAGCUCUACCCGUUAAAGCUUAUACACACCGGUUCGGAAGCGAUUUGCCCGGGAAUACGAAACGGAAGCUGAAAAGAACCCGUGACCGGCGGAGGAUUCGCGGGAAAGACAAACCACUCUCUCUCGACGGAGGCGGCCCCGGAUGCCCCUCUCGCGUGGCUCUUAAAAAAAAAAAAGAAUUUUAAAAAAUAGCCUUUACUUCAGAAUAAGGUGUUAAAUGGUUUACUCUCAGUAUUUAAAAAAACAAAAAACGAAACAAAACUGCACGUGCACGGCGGGCAGUAAAACUGGCAAGAUGGCGCAGUUCGCCGCAGUCUGUUCGAGAACAAAAACAAAAUAAUAAUAAUAAAAAAAAUCCUGUUUCGAAUCUCGGAAGGUGUUGCCAAACAGACUGUUUUCUAGUUAUUUAUUUUUUUUGGGAAUGUAUAUUAAAAUGACAAAAUUGUAAAACCAUCUCUUGCACACGUCUUAGGCUAUCGUGAUUGAAAAAGAGCUGAAGAGGAAAAAAAACAACAAAAAAAACAAACAAACAUGAAAUACUGUAGAUACUGAACUGAGGUAGACUGACCUUGUACGUUACUGCACUUUGGGUAAUAAUUUCUUUGUACAUAAUAAUAGCAGAACAGACUGGGUUUUAUGUUGACAUUGUUUGGUUAUAGUGCAAUAUAUUUUGUAUGCAAGCAGUUUCAAUAAAUAAAGGUUGAUCUUCCUCUGCGA